ACCAGAAGUUCCGUUCCUAUCCGUUGAAGAUCCAGAAGAAAGCGACGAUGUUCGUCGGGCGUCUCUGCGAGAUGAAAUGGGAAUCCGAGGCCAGCCGACUCGUCGAGCCGGGAAUCGAGGUGCUUCCCGAGGGAUGCAUCGCCCACGCCAUCUCCCUCACGUCGCCCCGCGACGCCUGCUGCUCCACCGCCGUCUCCACCGCCUUCCGGUCCGCCGUCGCUUCCGACACCGUCUGGAACAGCUUCCUACCCUCCGAUCUGGAGUCCAUCCUCGCCAGAGCCGACCGUCCGGUGGACUUCUCCUCCAAGAAGGAGCUCUUCUUCCGGCUGUGCGACAAACCGAUCCUCCUCGACGGCGGCAAGAUGGUUGCGUUUUGCAGAUUUUCUCAUUGGAUAGAUCUAGCGGAGCCAAGUGCUUCAUGCUUUCUGCUAGAGAACUAGUCAUUACGUGGGCUGAUACGGACUCCUACUGGAGAUGGGUUCCGGAACCUGAUUCCAGGUUCUCAGAGGUUGCUGAACUCCUAAGUGUAUGUUGGUUGGAGAUUCGUGGGCACUUCAAAUGCAAAAUGCUUUCUUCCAAAACAACAUAUGCUGCCUAUCUCAUCUUCAAGCUAUCUGAUCGCGCUUAUGGUCUGGGCCAUCCACUCCAAGAGGCAUCAGUAGAACUUGGAACAGAGUUAUCCACUAGUGUGGUCUGCUUACAGCCCAGUGACAUGUACGCGCAUAUGCAUGCUCGGAGGAGCAGGGUUUGGUUCAGGCGUGGUUUGCACUGGAGACGACGAGUACUGACGGUCAAUGAGAGUCAAGAAGCAGAUGAGGAAGCCAAGGAAGCCGCUGGCCGUGUUCCACAGUUGAGGAAUGAUGGAUGGAUGGAAAUCGAGCUGGGUGAGUUCUACAACUGCGGGGAAGAGGACAAGGAGGUCGAUGUAAGUUUGCUGGAAGUGAAAGGAGGACACUGGAAGAUUGGCCUGAUCAUUGAGGGAAUUGAGAUAAGGCCUAAAAAGUAGUGCUGAAAGUAACGCCCCUAACUUUUAGCAUCCAUUGGGGCAGUAAAUUCAACUGCAAAUGUUGCAUAUUUAAGCUUCAAGAGAGAAUUGGUAUGCAUUUGAUCCAUAAAUCUUUGUUCUUUAGGAUUUUGAAAGGUGCCACUGAGAGAAUCUGCUCCAUAUUGUGGAAGAAUAUGAUUCUCGUUGGAAUUGUUAAGGUGUCUCAUUUUCGAUAUUGCUUCCUCACCAAUGUUGGCAUGUUGAAUAAGUUCUAAAGCACAGGGAAAUUAUUUUAAGUAUUAA